AUGAAUAGAGACAUUGCAAACUAAUAUCGAUCACCUUAAUAAAUACCAUCUUCAAAAAAACCCAAUAUGGAAAAUUUACAACCUCAUAGAAACACAAAUGAAUUUAUUAAAUAGAUGAAAAAAAGAGUAGAUCAACCACCUCUUAGUGUUGUGUCUUAAAACUCUUAAAUAUAAGAUGCAUAGUCAAUUUUUAUAGAUGUUUCAAGGAUUGAACAAUAAUCUAACCAUUCAAAUAACAGUUUCUUAGACCCCUUAAAAUAACCUAUAUUACCAUAAUGUCAUAGAUCAAACCAACCUUCAAAUUGCACUACAUAAAGAACAAACAGGUAUGAAAUGCAAAGGAAUAGCAAGCCCUAUUUAGAUCAAACAGACAAUAUGGGGUUAUUAUUGAUUUAACAACAAAUGCUAUAAUUGUAAAAUGAAAACAUGAUUUUAAAAUAGCAAUUAGAGAAGUAGGAGAGUUAAAGAUUGCUGUUUUAAUAAUAAUUGCUAUCGCAAUUCUAGUCCUAGUAAUAACAAUAAUAAUAACAACCAAUAGUUAUAAAUAAUAAUAUAACAUAGUCUGAAAAGCAAUAAUAAUCAAAGUCUAUUCCUCCUCAAAAUACCUAAGAAGAAACAGGAUCUCCUCCUAAAAAAAUACUACGUAAAAAGCAACAAUCUCAAGCUAUUUAGACUGAUAAAUCUGUUUAAGAUUAAUCAAUUAUAAACAUAAAUGAAUCGUAUCAUAAUUAAUCCCUAUGUAUUAAACCAAAGUAAAUAUCAUAAUAACAACAAAUCAAAUCUCAUCAAUCAGAAAAGCAUAGUGUAGAAUCCUUAACUUUUGGUACUCAAUUAUCUCAAAGAAAUCUGAUAUCUUAAUAAUCCUAAUAGGAAUUGCAACUCUAAACUCAUGAAUGCCAAAGCAAAAAUUAAAGUUAUCAACAAAUUAACACAAAUUCUAUUGAAUUCUAAAUAGACAAUGAAUAGAGGGAUGUCUAAACUCAAAAUAAAAAGGAUGUUUAAAGGAAAUAUUCAUAGAUUGACUUAAUUAAUUCUUCUGUUUAGUAAGAUAAAACUUAUAGUAUACAUAAUCCAGAGAUACGAAAGCAGUCUUAACCAAGUGUUAAAUUAGAAUUUAAUUUCGAAGAUGGAACAAAUGAAUCAAGCAAAAAGUGUCUCGCAGAUUAUUUCUCAUAAAGAAAGAAAACAGCCAAUGUUGAAAGAAGAGUUUCAGUUUAGAUGCCAAUAUAAGAGGAGGAUUAGAGUUGGAUAGUGAAUGUCAAAUAAAGAAGUAAGGAGGAGUAAAUCAAACUGAGAAAAGAAAUGAUGGAAUAUGGAAGAAGCAAAAGAUAACAAAAUAAAAGUCAAACUCCAAUAAAUGAAGAACAAAACAGUGCACAAAAGGAAUAAGUCAAAAGAGUGAAAAGUCCAUUAAUGGAAAGAUUAGCCAUGGGAUAAAAGGCAAAAGUAAUUUUGAACUUAUUUAGGUUGAAGAAAAGGAGAUGUUUGCAUUAACAAAAAAAAAUUAUGAAAAUUUGCCAGAAGUAAAAAGCAAGAAGAAUUAAGAAGAAGUUAUCAAAUAAAAAUAGCUUUUCAUGAAAGAAAGAUAAAAUAAAUUAAAAGAAUUAGAUGAUGUAAUAAUUUAGUAUUAAUCUUAGAAAAUUAAAGAAAAAAUGAAAAAGCCAUGA